UCUGCCUGCCGCAGCUCUUCAGAGAAGCCUGGAGAGGGCCGGGGCCAAACAGCAGUCAUUGCGGGGUGUGUGUGUGUGAUUUUAGCUUUGCGUGCCUGGAGAAUGUAAAACGGGUCCUACCAGUUGCUGCUUCCACCCUGCGGAUCUCACCAGCCCGUGUGGAGGGGAUCCCAGCGUGAACUCUUCUUCCGACCAGACCACAGAAAAUCAUGGCUGCUGAAAUGGCUGGCAAGGAAGCUACACGGCAGAGGCACCUUAACCAGGAUACUGAUGGCGAAGAGUCAGCGUCAGCGGAGCCCGAAGCCUGGAAGAUCCGCUACGAGAAGUGCUGGCUGCACCGGCGCUGCUCCUCGCUGCUCCACAAGGACAGGCAGGCUCGGAAGGCCGGGCAGCUGUUCUCAGGGCUGCUGGCCAUGAACGUGGUGUUUCUGGGCUGUGCCUUCGUAAGCAGCAUGAUUUUCAACAGGGUGGCGAUUACCUUGCGCGACGUCCGGAUCUUCCUCUCCAUCCUCAAGAUCCUGUCUCUCUGCUGGAUCAUUUACUACUUGCUGUGUACCAGCAGGAAGCCCCAUGCUGUGCUGUACAGGGACUCCCAUGCCGGGCCAGUCUGGGUGCAGGGGUCUCUAGUGCUGUUUGGAGCCUGCACCAUCAUCCUGCAAGUGUUCAGGAUUGGAUACAUUGUCAGCCACAACCAUUGCAAAUCCCACCUGGAAACCCUGUUCCCGUGCAUAGAAAUCAUCUUCGUUUGCAUUCAGACGUACCUUUUAUGGCGCCACUGUAAGGACUGUACCCAAGUCCAGCACAACCUCACCAGAUGUGGGCUGAUGCUGACCAUGGCCACAGAUCUCCUCCUCUGGCUGUUAGCAGUGACCAACGACUCUAUGCACAGGGAAAUUGAAUCGGCACUCAAAGGUCUUGUGCAAAAUUUUCCAGGCAACGAGUCCAGCUCAUGCACGUGUCCAAACACAAUAGUCUGCCGCGUCUUCCAGAAGGGCUACAUCUUGCUGUACCCCUUCAAAAUGGAAUACUGCCUCAUCGGCAGCUCCAUGCUGUACGUCAUGUGGAAGAACGUGGGCAGGCGCAUCCCUCCCCACCACACCAUUCAUGCCAAGCCCAAAUUCAAGCUCCGUGGUGUCAUUUAUGGGCUGGUGCUGGGCAUAUCUACAUUGUUCAUUGGGAUCUGCAUCUUCAUGACCUACCAGAUCGAGGCUACCAGCUCAGCGCCUAGGCAGGAGACCCUUGUGCUGUAUUAUUCCUACUACGUCGCGCUUCUGCCGAUGAUGACUGUGGGUGCCUUGGCUGGGACUGUCAUCCAUGGCUUGGAAGAGCGUGAGCUAGACACUCUGAAAAACCCAACCCGAAGCCUGGACGUGAUCCUGCUCAUGGGAGCAGCCCUAGGCCAGAUUGGCAUUUCUUACUUCUCCAUUGUCGCCAUUGUGGCCACCAACCCUGGAGACCUGCUAAACAGACUCAUCCUGACCUACGCGGUCAGCCUCAUCAUUCAGCACAUCACGCAAAACAUCUUCAUUAUCGAGGGGCUUCACCGGCAGCCUUUGGUGGAGGAUCCUGAUGCCAGCCUGGCUGGGCCCCACACACAGCACUCGGGUCCAUCCAGUGAAGAGACGGCCAUAUCACACACCAGCCAGGAGCCCGCGCCGCCCCCUGGCAACAAAGAGACUGAAGCAAAAGAAGGUGAGAAGCGUGAAGACUGUGAACCGAGAAGAGUUUACCCACUAGAGAUAAGACAGGAGAUCAGGAGGGUUUCGCAUGCCUACAGCCAUACCUACGGCCGCCUGAACUGGAAGAGGAAAGCCCUAAAGGAGAUCUCAAUCUUCUUGGUCUUGUGCAACAUCAUAUUGUGGAUCAUGCCCACAUUCGGGAUGCACCCCGCCUUCGAGAACGGACUGGAGAAGUCGUUUUACGGUUACUCCACCUGGUUUGCCAUCGUGAACUUCGGCCUGCCCCUGGGUGUGUUCUACAGAAUGCACUCCGUCGGGGGGCUCCUGGAGGUUUAUGUGUCAUCCUGAACCAGGCCCAACCCUCCCUCGCCCAGUGGUGGAGGGAGAAAUGGAGCUGAAGUCACACAGCAGUAGCCGGAUGGGGGAGACCUGGGAACAAAGACACAGAUACUGCCAGCUCGCUUUCAUUUUGACUUUCACUCCUCUGAGCCCUAUUUCUCAAGGAGUUCCAGAUGAAAGGGAAGUUGCUUUGUGUUUUAAACAUGCUGGUGUCAACUUUCUCCAUAGAAAAACAAAACAAUCUGGACUGGUCUGUAAAAUACUGCACGGCUCAAUGGAAACAAUCUAGUGCCAGAAUACUAGGGAUAAUAUAGUUACUGCACUCAGGACACUCCACCUUCAACCCUCUGAACAUAAGAGCAGAAACAUGAUGCACAGACUGAAAUGCACUCCACAGAACCUCUGAAAUCAAGGGCAGGAACCCUCUCAGCAAUCUGAGGAAGAGGCCACAGAAAUACCUGAAGUACAUGCCCCAUGGUCAAGCAAAAAUGAACAAAAAUGCCCACUUUUUACAUGGAUGUAUGGAAGUACAAGGUUCAUAUGAGCACCUAUGGAGCGGGGUGUAGUGGUUAGAGCAGAUCUGGGUUCUGCUCCUGAUUCUGACCCUAACUCUAUAUGUAUCCGUGGGCCAGAUGCUCAAAGAUAUUUAAUUCGUUAAGGACUUGUCUACACUCGAAAUGCUACAGCAAUGCAGCUACAUCUGUGCUGUUGUAGUGCUUCAGUGUAGAUGCCACCUAUGCUGGCAGGAAGGGUUUCCCCGUUGGCAUGGGUAAUCCACUUCCCUGAGAGGCGGUAGCGAAGUUGACGGAAUUCUUCUGCCAGCCUACUGCUGUCGACACCCAGGGGCUAGGGCGAUUUAACUUUGCCACUCCGGGGGGUGGAUUUCUCACAUCCUUGAUUGAUGUA